AGAGCUAAGUGUAAUUUUCAAAAAAUAUUUAUAAUGGAAAACGAUAAUAAUUCAGCUGAAAAUUGUGAAAAUAAUUCAGUAGCUAUGGAAGUAGAAACUUCUUUGACUACUUCGGAGUUGCAGAAUUUGCACUUGGAUCAAAAGCCCAAAUGUCGCUCGCGACCCAAACCGAAUAGCGCUAAGAAGCGUGACAGCAAUGCUGUGAAGCGCAAAAGCAUCGCCCGUGCGGGCAUAAAGAAAAAGAAGCCCCAGAUAAGCUAUACUCUAAAUAAAGCCUAUAUUAGAUUCUUGCACGCAUAUUGCGCAAAGCAUGGGAAACGCUUGAUAGGACCGGAUAUGGUCCUGAAAGCUGCGCGCGCCUGGUGCCACCUAGCCUUGGCCAAAAGACAGCAGUACAACGAUCCCAGGAUGCUCCGCUAGUUUCUCUGGUCGUUGUCCUUCAUUUUCAUUGUUUUUUAAGUGCCUUCAACAAAAUUCUUGCGUCUGCUCAAAUUUUCGAAAUUCAUUGUCCUAAUAUGUUCACUGCAAACUGCAUUUCAUGCUGUUGAUGCCAUGCAUUUCAAAUUAUAAGAGUAAAUUCAAAAAUAAACAU